AUGCUUCUUAGAUCAAUAGUCGUUGAUUAUCUUGAGCAAGAGCACAGACGGGAAAAGACUGGGGUUGCCUACGUCUUUUGUAUGCACAACGGUGCAAAUCAGACUGCAAGUAACUACCUUGGAAGCUCGCUACGACAACUCGCCAGGCAGAACGCUGCAAUCUUGGAGGAUAUCAAGUCAUGUCAUAGGCAUCAUACUCGAUAUGAGACACGUCCCUCUCUCGAUGAAUUUGCUAAGCUACUUCGCUUACAGGUCGAGAAAUUUGAUGAAGUGUUCAUUGUGAUCGAUGCUCUUGAUGAGUGCCCUGAACAUGACCAAGUUCGAAAGUCUUUUCUCGCCGAGGUCCGUGCUUUGCUACCUAAAGUGAGCCUCAUGGUUACUUCGCGAGAUGUGCCGUCUAUCGAGAACAUGUUCAAGCACGACAUACGCCUUGAGAUUCGCGCGCGAGACCAAGACAUCAGGGGAUUCAUCAAGUCACAGAUGGAGCAGCGAGAUGGACUGGUCGAGCUCCUUGAAGGUCAUAGCGAUGUGCAAUCCACAAUAAUCGCGACAGUACUGGAGAAGACAAAUGGCAUGUUCCUGAUUGCAGCGUUGCACAUGGAUUCUCUUGCCAAAGAAGACAAUAUUCGGGAACUCAAGGAAAGUCUCCAACGCCUGCCCAUGGAUCUAGACAAGACAUACGAUGACGCGUUAGAGCGAAUCAAACAACAAGACUCUCGAAAGCUAGCUCGAGCUGAUCAGGUCUUGACGCUCAUCAGUUGCGCAAAACGACCUCUGAAGCUGGAAGAGAUGCGACAAGCUCUGUCCAUCCGUAGAGAUGAUACCUUUCUGGACCCAGAAGCUUUACCUAGAGGGGAGUCAUUUAUUUCGACCUGCUGUGGCCUCGUGGUUGUGGAAGAUGAAAGUCAGAUCGUUAGACUGGUUCAUUAUACCACCGAAGAGUACUUCAAACGUAAGGUACAACGCUAUCGUAGCCCAGAAGCUCACGGACAUUUCGCUAGUAUUCUCGUUACCUACCUCAGUUUCACAACAUUCACAACCUUUUCUUUGGACACAAUAGUUAAAGACGCUAUGAAUGAAGCAGCAGCAAGAGACGCCAACAUUCCAAUGACUUGGAGCGAGGAGCACAGUGCAGUAACAAGGUAUAUGGAAGGCCUAUUUGAGAGCAACGUUUUAGUGCAAUAUGCUGCUGAGAACUGGGGUCGCCAUACACAUGAUGCAUUUACGAACACUAGGGAUAAUCCUGAUUCUUGCCUCACCACUACCGAUCCCCAUAACAUCGAGGUGGAAAACUUAUUGAGUCUCAAGCAACUGAUACGGGACUUCCUGGAAAAAGAGCAUAAUACUGCCUGUGCCAACGAAGUUUUUCACCAUGUCAAGAAACAGCUCCACAAUUUGAACUUAGGAAGGGAGUUUCGUGGCCCAACCAAUGUCACAAAUCUGCACAUAGUUGCAUCAUUCGGAAUCCAAUAUUUCGUCGAAUACUAUCUGGACCAAGGGGCAGAAAUUGAUGCAAGAGAUUCUUUCGGUAUGACAGCCCUACACAAGGCUGCCGAAAACGGUCAUGUUGAAGUUGUGCGACUACUUUUGGAUUCUGGGGCUACAAUUGGGAUCCGAGACCAGUGGGAAUUUAGUGCAUUGGCCAGGGCUAUCGCUAAGAACCAUGUGUCUGUGUCACGAUUACUUCUACAGAAUGGUUCAGACCCUGGAUUUGUGAGGGACCAUCGACAUUCAACAAUAUCCAUCGCGGCUGACCGAGGCCACGAAGAGUGUCUGGUGCUUCUGGCAGAAUGCAGAACCGACGAUGUUAGAAAGAAUGAACUCAUGCGAGAUACCUUAUAUGACGCCGCUUCCUGUGGACGCGAGGGUAUCGUGCGUCUUCUAGUGCGUGGCGGAAAAAACUGGAACAUCCCGAGAGAAUACGUAGCAAGGGCGAUGACCAAGGCAGCUUCUCAAGGUCAAAUCACGAUAAUGAAGGUCUUGCUGGAAGCCGGUGUCGAUGUCAGCUCUCCGUUAUCACUUGCUGGGGAGUCACUUCAGGAAGCGGCCAUGCGGGGCCGUUCAGAAGCUACGGAACUGCUCCUCACAGCAGGCGCUAAUCCCAACCGAAAAACGGAUGGUGGUGAUUUGCCCCUCCAUGCAGCAGCUCAAAACGGUCAUGUGGGCACCGUUGCUCUGCUGCUAGAAAAUGGUGCAGAAGUAAACGCCCUUAACUCGAAAGGCGAGACAGCCCUGCUUGUUAUAGCAGGUCCGAGAUACGGGUUUCUGGCAAGAUCAACAUCGUCGCCUGAGGGUUCAGUGCUUGUCAUGCAACAGCUCCUUGAUAAAGGGGCCAAUACAGCUGUAACGGAGCGUCAAACCAAUCGAACUUCACUUGAAUGCGCAAUUCUUCGAGGCUACGAACGUUUGGUACGGCUUUUAAUCCAAUAUGAGAGCCUUUCCGCGAGCCAAAAGGUCCUUAUGCUCUAUUUGACACGACUCUAUCACGAAAUGGGAGGAAUGUCAAAAAAUGAUGAGGCCGUCAACCGACUACUUUGUGAAACAGAAGCACAGGAUUUGGGAAGUAUAUCGGAAUUACUGCUGAUCACCGUCCCCGCCGAGAAAGGGUACAAAAGUGUGAUUCUCAAGUUCCUGCAAUCGGGUGCCGCCAUCGAGGCCAAGGAUUUCCACGGAAAUACGGCAUUACAACUGUCUGCAUGGGAAGGCCAUAACGCAGUCGUCGAACUUUUGCUACACCACAAAGCCGACAUCAACUCAAGAGGCCCACUUGGAGGCUCAACAGAUGCAACUCCACUCAUGAUGGCUGCCAGCAAAGGAAGGACUGAUGUAGUAAGGUUCUUGCUAGAUCAAGGAGCUGACAUCGACGCUGCAUCGACGAAUAGAGACUUCGGUAGUACCGCCGUUGCUCAGGCUUUGUAUGGAGAUCACACAGCAACAGCAAAAGCGCUACUGGAGAGAGGAGCUGAUGCAAACGCCAGAUACAAUCGAUACUCUGAAGGCACACUGCUCCACGCUGUGGCCAGAAAUUCUAAUUGGCAGAGUCAGAUACCGAACAUGGACCUACUUCUCGAAAAUGGAGCCGAUCUGGAGGCGAAAGAUAGUAACGGGCAGACGCUCCUUGCAGUGCGAGUCCAGUAUGAAAAUUUAGAAACGGUGCAGUAUCUCCUAGAGAGAGGAGCCGAUCUGGAAGCGAAAGAUAGGCGUGGUCAAACGCCCCUGUCAGUGGCAGUUCAGAAGGGUACACGAGAAACGGUGAAUCUCCUUCUCGAGGAAGGGGCCGAUCUGGAAACGAAAGAUAACCAUGCUCAGACACCCUUGAUGGUGGCCGUCCAGAAAGGUUCACCACAAACAGUGAACCUCCUUCUUGAGGAAGGAGCGAAUCUCGAAGCGAGGGAUAACAAUGGUCAUACACCUCUAGUGAUGGCAGUGCGAAGCGGCAGAUUUGAAAACGUAGAACUCCUGCUGGAAAGAGGAGCAGAUCCGGAACCACUUUCUCCCAGCGUAACAGCUGAGAAUGACGAUGUUAACAAAUGGGAUUUCAACAGAGCCGUCCAACUCGUCAUGGAAGCUCGGUCAAAGACUACAUGA